AUGGACAGCGGCUGCCACAGCGCGACCGCCAAGAUGCUGGCCGCCUCCGCCCCGGCCCGGGGCACCGCGAUGGGCGCCUCCAAACCCCUGGCUUUCUCCAUCGAGAGGAUCAUGGCGCGCACCCCGGAGCCUAAGGCCCUGCCGGUGCCCCCCUUCCUGCAAGGAGCAGCCGUGCCCAAGGGGGACUCCAAGCACUCGCUGCAUCUUAGCCCGUCCAUCCCAUGCAUGAUCCCCUUCGUGCCCGUGGCGGCGUACGACACGGGCCCCAAGACCGGACUGACGAGCUCGGAGCCGCGGAAGGCGAGCCUGGAGCCCCCGGCGGCCGGGCCGGCGGCCGCGUUCAGCUGCAGCGACCUGCUGCACUGCGCGCUGGGCCUCAAGGGCGACCUGGCCCGCGACGCGCUGCCCCUGCAGCCCUACAAGCUGGUGCGGCCGCGAGUGGUCAACCACUCCUCCUUCCACGCCAUGGGGGCCCUGUGCUACCUGAACCGGGGGGAUGGCCCGUGCCCGCAGGCGGCGGCCGGCGUCAACAUCCACCCGGUGGCCUCCUACUUCCUCAGCUCCCCGCUGCACCCGCAGCCCAAAGCCUACUUGGCCGAGAGGAACAAACUGGGGGUCCCGGCGGCCGUGGAGAAGUUCCCCUCCUCGGCGGCCGGGGUAGCUUUCAAAGACUUGUCGCAGGCGCAGCUGCAGCACUACAUGAAAGAAAGCGCCCAGCUCCUGUCGGAAAAAAUCACCUUCAAAGCCUCGGACUUCAGCCGGGGCUCCCCGAACGCCAAACCCAAAGUCUUCACGUGCGAAGUGUGUGGGAAGGUCUUCAAUGCUCACUACAACUUAACCCGCCACAUGCCCGUGCACACAGGAGCCAGGCCCUUCGUGUGCAAGGUGUGCGGGAAGGGGUUCCGGCAGGCCAGCACGCUGUGCAGGCACAAGAUCAUCCACACCCAGGAAAAGCCUCACAAAUGUAACCAGUGCGGCAAAGCAUUCAACAGGAGCUCCACUCUGAACACGCACACCCGGAUACACGCGGGCUACAAACCCUUCAUCUGUGAAUUCUGUGGCAAAGGAUUUCACCAAAAAGGGAAUUACAAAAACCACAAGCUGACCCACAGCGGGGAGAAGCAGUUCAAGUGCAAUAUCUGCAACAAGGCGUUCCACCAGGUGUACAACCUCACCUUCCACAUGCACACCCACAACGACAAGAAGCCCUUCACCUGCCCCACGUGCGGCAAGGGCUUCUGCAGGAACUUUGACCUCAAGAAGCACGUCCGCAAGCUGCACGACAGCAGCCUGGGGCUGGCCCGCACGGCGGCCUGGGAGCCCGGGGCGGACCCGCAGCCGGCAGCACAGCAGCCUGCUCCCGCCCCACCGCUGCGGUCAAUGCCCGUACAGCUGCCGCCACCAGGGCCUCUGCAGCCCGGGCUCCAUCCGCAUCCGAGCCACCAGUGA